AUGGGCGUGGGGUGGCGCCGGACAAAUGAGGCGCUGAAGCAAAAGUGGAACGUGGCGUCCAACGACAAGGGCUUCGUGGUGACCUCCAACUCGCGGAACGAGAUGAUGAUGCGGGACGCGGAGAAGUUUGCGUACCAGCUGAGGAAGGUCGAAGCGCACGUGAAAAGGAUGCAGAAGGACGCCCACGAGAUGAUCUCCGACACCCGGAACAUCAUGCUGUGCUCGCUGCCACGCACGUUCGACUUCACGCCGAGCGGCCAGGCGGUCCCCGAGGACCCCGACCCGAAGCUGAUCGGCCAGAGUGUGCAGCUGGACCGGUUCGCCUCGGCGGACGCUCUCCUGAAGCAGCGCCUGGACGAGGAGGUGUCAGAGCCGCUGGAAGCCUGGCUGGCGGCAUUUCUGGACGUGCAGUCUCGAAUGAGGAAACUGGAGGCGCUGCGCCUGGAGCUGGACUCUAGAAGGCGGACUGUGGACAACCUGUAUGCUGUUGCAGAAAGGCAGAAGCAGGGGCUGGAGGCUGGCAGUGCCAAGCUUCGCGAAAAGCACGAAGCGACUCUUCGAACCUUGCAACACAAGGAGAGCAAGAAAAAUGCGGUGCUCGCCGCCUUCCAGGAACACGAGUCGAACACAUACCAGGCACUUUACACACUACUGAAGGACACAACCUGCCUGAAGGACUACACCGCUGUGGCAUACAGCAUCCUCCAGGAUGUGUUUGGCACUGCCUGCACAGCGUUUGACACUCGGGGCUUCCAUGUCCAAGGCAUCCCCAGUUAUUCACCUCAUGCAACAGCCGAAUGGAACAUCCCCACACAACAGGGUCCGGCACUCCACAAGUCGAGCAGCGGGAGAGGGUUCUUCCGCACCCUCAGUGGGGCCUUCCGGAGCAGGAAGACGGACUCGGCCAACACAGAGGAGGCGCAGUACUGUGGGAAUGGCCACAGCGCGUUUGACAACAUGUCAAUGGGGUGGCAUCUGUAG